GGCACUCGGAAGAUGGCGUGCUCGCAAGAAGUUCAUCAUAUGUCUGACAGUAUAAGAAGAGAAUAAAAAGAAAAGAACUCCUCCUCUGAUUAGUCACGAACCCCAGACUGCAAGAUGUCUACCAGCACAGUAGCGCAAGUCGCUGAAGAGCUCUCGUCCAAGCUGAACUUGAAUGGCGUCUCGCUCAAGAAACCUGAUCUGCCCAAGUGGGAAGCACCAAAGAUCACCGAGAGAGAGGUCGAAUGGGCUGAUAUCUUGACGGUGGACUUGUCGUUGUAUGAAACCAGGAAACAAGAGCUGAUCAACACGAUCCAAACCGCACUCGAACGCGACGGCUUCUUCUAUGUCGUCAAUCACGGCAUACCGCAUGAAAAACUGCAGCGGCAAUUCGAUAUCGGCCAACACACCUUCGAUGGAGUAUCUAGAGAAGAAAAGGAGAAGCAUAUUGCUCCGAUAAAGGAAAGGGGCUCUUUCAUGGGAUACAAGCUUCAGAACUACUGGGAGAUCAACGAUGGAGUUCGAGACAGGAUCGAGCACUACAAUUUCUACCAGAACCAUAUCGACCCCAUCACUCGCCACCCUCAGCCUUUACAACCAUUUGUAGAGGAAGCCAAGGCAUUCCUAUCGGACAUCCGCCAAAAGGUGUUACGUCGCAUUCUCAAUCUCAUCGACGGUGUUCUUGGUCUGGAGGAGGGCUACCUAUUCAGGCUUCACGAGGACGAUAAAGGUCGCACCGGAGACGAUCUCCUCAGGUACAUGAUCUACGAUCCCCUCACCUCUGAGGAGUCCCAAAAGACCAGAGGCGUCAUGCUCAAUGGUCACACCGACUUCAACAGUCUAUCCACGCUCGUUUCCCAACCCGUCACUGCCCUUCAAGUUCUCAUGCCCGACAAUGUCUGGCGAUUUGUGAAACACAAGGAUGGAGCCCUCGUCAUCAACAUUGGCGAUCAGCUCUCGUUCAUGAGUGGAGGCAUCUUAAAGGGGACGAUGCACAGAGUCGUAAGUCCUCCAGAAGAUCAGCGACAUUAUCGCCGACUCGGUGUAUUCCACUUCGCACAAUUCAUCAAUGGCAUUCCUCUUAAUCUCCUUCCUUCGAAGAAAGUCUACGAAGAGGGACAUGUCAUUUUCGAUAACGAAGUGCCGACAACGGACCAAUGGGAGGCGACGCGGGUCAGGAACUAUGGCACUGCCAAGUUUAUCAAAGGAGAGGAAUAUGAUAUCGAAGAGAUUGCGGGAAUUCAGUUACGACAUUACCACUAGAAGUUCGGGAAUCGUGUUCUAUAACCUCCAUAGUAACCCUACAUAGCAUCUC